CCCCCCCCCCCCACACCCCUUCUCCUGUCCGCGCGCUGCGCUUGGAUUCUAAACCAGAACAAGGAAGAAGGAGGAGGAACACGCGAUCUGAUCUGAAAAAAAAAAAAAAUAAAAGAAAAUAAAAAAAAAAAAAACAAGGACGCGAUGGAUGUAAGGUUUUACCCGUCUGCCGGGGGGACCCCACUCCCCGGGGACCCGUCGAACCUCAACUUCUCCCACUGCCUGGGUUACUACAACUACAAGUUUGGGAGCCAUAAUAACUAUAUGAAUAUGGCGGAAGCGAACGGUGGCCUCGUUACAACCAGUGAUCAGACGUUCCACACCCCAAGUUUGGGAGAUGAGGAGUUUGAGAUCCCACCCAUCACACCACCUCCAGAAACAGAGCUGGGACUAGGGCUUCCCGAGGCGGAAUCGGCCUUCCCUGGGCUCCAGGAGGCUCCAUCAACACAGAGAGGCCACCUCACUCCCCAGUUUCCACCACAGAGCUUGGAGCUGCCAUCCAUCACCAUUUCGCGGAACCUGCUAGAACAGGAAGGCACAGGCCUCAAUGCCAGUCUCCCAGCUAACCUCGGUCAAACCCAGCUUCGCCAGUACCCCAACCCUUCUAUGGUCAUGAGGUCAAUCAUGACCAUGAACAACCCGUCUGCUGUGAUGUCACGAAACCAGCUGACAACUAUCAACCAGUCCCAGCUAAGCACACAACUGGGUCUAAACCUGAGUGGACCAAAUAUCCCUCACACAUCUCCGUCCCCCCCUGCCAGUAAAUCUGCCACCCCAUCACCCUCCAGCUCCAUCAACGAGGAGGACCCAGAUGAAAGUAACAGGGCAAUCGGUGAAAAGCGUCCUGCUCCUGAUGCGAGCAAGAAGCCCAAGACACCCAAGAAGAAGAAGAAGAAGGACCCAAAUGAGCCCCAGAAGCCUGUGUCUGCCUAUGCACUCUUCUUCCGUGACACACAGGCUGCCAUUAAGGGCCAGAACCCCAACGCCACCUUUGGGGAAGUGUCUAAGAUCGUGGCAUCCAUGUGGGAUGGCCUGGGGGAAGAGCAGAAGCAGAUCUAUAAAAGCAAAACAGAAGCAGCUAAGAAAGAAUACCUGAAGGCCCUUGCUGCAUACCGUGCUAGUCUGGUGUCAAAGGCAGCAGCUGAGUCGGCAGAGGCACAGACCAUACGCUCAGUCCAGCAGACACUGGCCUCCUCCAACCUGUCCCCCUCGCUCCUUCUUCCGGCACCCAUGACCCAGCACCCAUCUGUGGCGGCUGCCGCACAAGCCCUACAGCAGGCGCUCCCACGUGCCAUCGCCCCCAAGCCUCUGCCUGUGCGGUUGCCAGGCGGCCAGGUCGUAGCCUCAGUGGCCCCGGGAGUGCCCUCGCAGCUGAUGGGGCCCAUGAGCCCUCCCAUGCAGCCUCCGCAGCCUCACCACCAGAUGCAGCAGCAUCUGCAACAGCACCUGCACCAGCAGCAACUGCAUCACCAGCAAAUUCAGCAGCAGAUGCAGCAGCAACACUUCCAGCAGCACCUGCAGCAGCAGCUCCAGCAGCACCAUGUCCAGCAGCAGCAACAGCAGAUGCAGCUCCAGCGUAUGCAGAUGCAGCAGAUGCACCAGCAGCAGCUCCAGCAUCUCCAGCAGCAACAGGCCUCCCAGUGUUCUCCUCCGCAGCGGUCCCCAGGAACGCCACAGUCUGUGGGAGCGCCUGCCCCUAUGGGCAGCCCCCACCCCCAACCCCAGCAGCAGCAGCAGCAGCAGCAGCAUCCAUCCCAAACACAGGCCCAUGCACAUGCCCAUGCCCAGGUCUUGUCCCAAGUCAGCAUCUACUGAGCCAGAACAUGUCUCGAAAAGAGGAAUAUAACAAUAAAAGUGCCAAUCCUGGUUGCUUUUCUAA